GAGCAGUGCUAAGCGGAAUCGCGCGAGUGGUAAUCCCGAAGCUGAAAGCUCGAGCAACGCCAAAGUUAAAUAUAAAUGUCGCGGCAACCCGUUCCUGGACCGAUCAACUAAAGAACGAACCAGUCUCUUCGUGGUCUUCGUCGUGGACCGAACUACCGAAAAUAUCGAACCCGAUCGAUCCAUCGAUCCCGCGCCAUAAUUUCAUCAGGCCACGAUCACCCUCCAUCAUCGAGGCUCAUUUCGCGUGUUUUAAGUUGGGAAACGUGUGGAACGCGUGGUUCGAUGAAAAUUCGGGGAAUCGAGGCUUGAACGAAAAGCCGAUCGAAUCGAUCGCUACGAAAUUGUCACGAUUAACGUGUGCUCUCUAUCUACUUUGGACUACUUACAACAGGAUUUCAUCGAUCGACCGUGUCUGCGGCUCGACGUCUUUUCGCGAUGCUAGGUGAUCGAAGUACACCGCGAGAAACAUCGAAAUAGCCAGAGAUGUCGCAGCCGCCGUCAAAACCCCAUGGAAAAACCGGGCCAGGGGGUGGUUGGUCAGCCAGGUCGAACGUAUCUGGCCAAUAUAGACCUCCAUCCCCUUUCAGCCCAACGGGUUCGCCCCAUCCUCAACGAGUUCAUCAUGCUCAUCCUACGUCACCGUUGACGUAUACCGGAACGAGGCACCCGAUGAGCCCUGUCCCGAUUGGAAUGCCAAUCUCGCCCGGAAUAUCACCCGUUUUUGGAUCACCUACCGGAUACAUACAGUGUCCUAGACCCAGAUGGCCGUCACCGAUUCCAGUGGCCACUCAAGCGCCUAGACCUUUCAUACCGACACAGAGUUCAGCAGAAAGUGGCGCUACAUCGCCAUUAGCUAGUGGACCACCGGAAUACAUGAUUGGAACGUAUAAACCUGGAGACUAUGAGUACGUUGGGGUACCAUUGGAUCACUCGCAAACAGAAGAGGAAUCCAGCGGACCCAGCACCGCGGAAAUAAUAGCCAACCAGAGUCAGGAUUACGUGGACGAGAAACUUGCCGAGUACCAGGCAACGAUACAGCAACUUCAAAGUGAGUAACACUUUUCGAAUGUUCUCUUUUAAUGUGCACUUCUAUUCAUAAAUUAUCCUAGCUAUAUGAUAGUAUUCUUUUAGUAAAAAUAAAUGAAUUCUCGUGUUUAAAUGUAUCAUAAAUCUAUUUAAAUCUAUUUAAAUACCGUGCUCGAAUGUAUAGAUUGAAGUGCAUAUUUAUAUGUUGUUAUGAAACAUUUAAUAGAUGCAUAUAUUGUAUUUAUUUAAUAUGUUAGCACUAGUGUCCUUGGAUGCUUUCAUUGUUAUUUCGAUUGUGAUUAAAGAAGGAUAAAAGAUAAUAAAAUAUACAAAAUAAA